AUGGGUUGGUUCAGUUCUUCGGCGCCUACGCCGGCGCAGCCUGCUGCCAUCACCCAGCCGUUGACGCCGAACAACCUCGCCGCAGACCUGAAACCCGAGAAGACGGAGAAAGUAAAGCCCUGCUGUGUCUGCAAGGACGAGAAAUCCCGGCGCGACGAGUGUAUGCUCUUCUCCCGAUCGGAUGACCCGCAAGAAGAUUGCAAGAGCCUGGUCUCGCAGUAUAAGGACUGUAUGGCCGGGUAUGGAUUCAAGAUCUGA